UCCUUUAAAGGCAUUAGGGGGAAUCCAUCACAGGGAAGAGAUGGCAUCUGUGUUGCAGAGCGUAGGGUCCGCCGUUGGCUGGCGGACCCACCAGAUCCUGUCGGAUUUCGAGGAGAGUCCGGUGCCCGACAGAUUCAGGAAGAAAGCGUCUCGCAACACGAGCGCCGUGCGGACGUCCCUAAGGAAGCGGAUGCCUUUAACGGACGUCGAGAUGAACUUCGAUGAGAAUCCGACCUGGGAGAGUCUGGAAGCCAAGGAGAAGGGCCAGACCCUCCGGGGGUUUAGGAGAUCAGCCAAGAACGCCCUCGGCACAGUGUCGCAGAGAAUCCACCGGAGCUGCCGAGGCCCCGUUCACUCCCUGGCCACCUCCUUGGCCAAAGCCACCACCGGGGGUUCUGCCAAAACCCAACUCCCGUUGCCACGGACCCCUCGGCGGAAGAGUGGCCGGCUGGCCACCGCCUCCACCCCGACCUCCGGCACCAGGAUCGUGUCCCCCUCUGGCAAGAGUCCUUCCGUCCAAACGGGUUCCCGCCGUCUUAAGAAAGACCUCCUCCCUCUCCGGAGAUCCAUGAGGACUGCAGCCUUGAGAAGCCCCUAUGGUUCGCCUGUGUCUGCUGGACAAAGAAGGCAAUUCGAUUGCGAUUUGGAGCUGGUCUCCACGGGCAUCCGCCAGUUGAAGCGUCUCUCUUGCGCCUUCAAUGACAUCAUUGUCCAAGAGGAGAGAGAUCAAGCAAUCAUCAACUACUACCAGGUGAUGGCGCGGAACGUGCGAGCUGCGCAGUUGCACUCCCGGAUCCUCUCCCGGCCUUCGCUCCGGAGGCGUGCGGCGCGGCUGCGCUGGGCACUCGGCAGCUGGGCUGAGGAUCGCUUUAAACAGUAUUAAUCUGGGAGCUUUUGAAGGACGGGUGUUU